AUGGAAGCUUGUCUCUCUCCAGAGCAAUUCAAUGUCACUGCAUACGCUGCCACGGCUGUGACCAUUGUCACCUUUGAGGCAUUUGCUGGCAUGUGGAUAAAUGCUUUCAUUGUUUCUGUGAUUUGCAUGGCUUGGGUCAAGAAGAAAACCUUGAACUCUAAUGAGAAGAUCUUGCUGUUACUGGGAUCCUCCCGGUUUUGGUUUUUGUGCAUCUCAUGGGUAUAUUUCUUUCUUUCAAUAAUUUAUCCCAAUUUCCUUUAUGUUCACCCCACACUUCAACUAGUUGUAUCUCUUCAAAGCUUGUUAAAUUAUUCCAACAUAUGGGUUUCAGCCUGUCUUUGUGUUUUUUAUUGUAUAAAAAUUGCCAAUUUCAGGAACAGCUUCUUCAUCUACCUGAAAGUAAAAAUUGACAGGAUGGUGCCCUGGCUCUUGUUGGGGUCUGUGCUUUUGUCCCUGGUUAUUGGAACCAUUAUCUACUAUGUCAUUGAUAAAGCUUUCUGUAAAAACCUCAAUUUCAGUUGCCAAGGAUGUAUUUGGAAAGCAAGUAUCAGAAUAGAAGAGCAUUUUUUCCCCAUUUAUUUUAUCACUGGCUUUGGAUUUGUCACUUCAUUCAUGGCAGUCACCUUUUCUGCCCUUCUCCUUCUCUUUUCUCUAUGGAGACACAAACGCAACAUGCAGACAAACUCCACGAAGGACCUCAGCAUGGAUACCCACAUCAAAGCCAUGAAAUCUAUUAUCUCCUUUUUAGUAAUGUACAGCAUCAACUUUGCAUCUUUGAUCUUGACACUGAUUUAUGCAAUUAGCAGCCAAAAUCACACAGAUUUCCUUAUUUCUGUAUUUCUGUAUGCUUUUCCAGGUUUUCAUUCCAUUAUUUUGAUUUUCAGCAAUCCCAAAUUGGAAAAGACAUUGCUAAGGAUUGUGCCCUGUGUGAAUGCAAGGUUUGCAUGA